AUGGUUUGUUUAGUGCAAACGAUUACCCAAUGUGCUCGUUUAAGGUCUCGUUCACGCUCCCGGUCACGCUCUCCUUUGAAGCGAGAGACGUCAACCCCUCCAACUAUAACGCAGAACAAUAACUCGGCAGCGGCCGAGACCAAGGCUAAAAUUAAUCCCUUCACCCGGAUGCCGUAUAGUAAGAAAUAUUGGCAAAUAUGGGAAAAGCGUAAGAAUCUACCUGUUUGGGAAUACAAGGAAAAAUUCAUGGAAGUUCUACACAACAAUCAAUGUAUGACUCUUGUCGGAGAGACGGGUUCUGGAAAAACAACGCAAAUACCGCAGUGGUGCGUGGAAUAUGUCCGUCAGAGGGCGAUUCCCGGCCAGCGAAGGCUCGUGGCAUGUACUCAGCCAAGGAGAGUCGCAGCAAUGUCGGUCGCUGCUCGUGUUGCAGAUGAAAUGGAUGUUCAGUUGGGACAGGAAGUCGGAUAUUCUAUUCGUUUCGAAGACUGCGUCAGUGCACAAACUAUACUGAAAUAUUGUACCGAUGGUAUGUUAUUACGUGAGGCGAUGAAUUGCCCAUUACUGGAUGGAUAUGGUGUUAUAAUACUCGACGAAGCUCACGAAAGAACAUUAGCAACUGAUAUACUUAUGGGGUUGAUAAAGGAAAUCGUUAAACAAAGAGCUGACAUCAAAAUCGUUAUCAUGUCCGCCACGCUUGAUGCAGGAAAGUUCCAGAGUUACUUUGAAAACUGUCCACUGAUGGCAGUCCCAGGGCGAACAUUCCCUGUGGAGAUUUUCUUCACUCCGGAACCAGAAAAGGAUUAUCUCGAAGCUGCAAUUAGAACUGUAAUACAGAUCCAUGUGUGCGAAGAAGUUGAAGGAGAUAUUCUAUUGUUCCUGACCGGUCAGGAGGAGAUUGAAGAAGCAUGUAAACGGAUUAAGCGGGAGAUUGAUAAUCUUGGUCCAUCAGUUGGUGCAUUGAACUGCAUUCCGCUAUAUUCAUCACUUCCUCCCAAUCAGCAGCAACGGAUUUUUGAGGCGCCGCCUCCAAGUAGACCGGGAGCUAUAGGUCGUAAAUGCGUUGUUUCUACAAACAUUGCCGAAACUUCGCUGACCAUUGACGGCGUUGUGUUUGUGAUUGAUCCAGGAUUUUCGAAACAGAAAGUUUACAAUCCUCGUAUCCGAGUCGAAUCCCUUUUGGUUUGUCCGAUUUCCAAGGCAAGCGCUAUGCAACGUGCUGGUCGUGCCGGUCGUACGAAACCUGGUUGGUUGAGAUAUACUGUAAAUGUUUCCGCUUGUACACAGAAAAGGCAUAUCAGGAUGAAAUGCAGGAACAGACAUAUCCGGAGAUUUUGCGGUCUAAAUUUGGGUUCAGUGGUGCUACAGCUAAAGAAACUCGGUAUAGAAGAUCUCGUUCAUUUUGACUUCAUGGAUCCUCCAGCGCCUGAGACAUUAAUGAGAGCCCUGGAAUUGUUGAACUACCUGGCAGCUAUCAAUGAUGAUGGUGAACUAACUGAACUCGGAUCGUUAAUGGCAGAAUUUCCUCUGGACCCACAACUAGCUAAAAUGUUAAUCACCUCAACGGAGCUGAAUUGUUCGAAUGAGAUUUUGUCAAUUACGGCUAUGUUGUCAGUUCCGCAGUGCUUUGUGCGACCGAACGAAAUGAAAAAGGAAGCUGAUGAGGCGAAAGCACGAUUUGCUCAUGUUGAUGGGGAUCAUCUGACUUUGUUGAAUGUCUAUCAUGCUUUCAAACAGAAUAAUGAGGAUGUACAGUGGUGCUACGACAACUUUAUCAAUUACCGUACAAUGAAAACUGCUGAUACAGUGCGGACGCAACUUGGGAAGACUAUGGAUAGGUUCAAUCUUCGGCGAGUUUCAACAGAUUUCAAGUCAAAAGACUACUAUAUCAAUAUUCGAAAAGCUUUAGUUGCUGGAUUCUUCAUGCAGGUUGCUCACCUGCAACGAAGUGGCCACUAUGUGACUGUGAAGGAUAAUCAGUUGGUCAAUCUUCAUCCUUCCACUGUGCUUGAUCACAAGCCAGAAUGGGCUCUUUACAAUGAAUUUGUGCUGACGACAAAGAAUUUUAUUCGAACAGUGACGGAUGUGCGACCCGAGUGGCUGCUGACAAUCGCUCCUCAAUAUUUCGACCUUUCAAACUUCCCAGAUGGUGACACAAAGCGAAAGCUGCUCUACGUUGCUAAUUCAUUGCGUGCUCUACAAAACAGUAAAGGAAUCUGA